ACGGUCUGCGUCGCAAUGCUGCUCGUAGCGCAGCUGGCUGCGGUGGUCGCAGCGACCAGCGAGUUCGUCUUCAUGAAUCUGGACUCGCAGCUCCCCCAGGUGGUAGCAGACUACCUAGUGACUGUGGCCCUGACUCAGAGCAAGAAGCUGCGCGGAACCAUCGUGGUGUCAUCCGCUCCCUCCACCAACCCGCCAGGCAUUCUCCACGCGGCCACAUACAUCAUCUACAAGCCCUUCCCUAACAGCGACAGCGGGAUCUGUGCUACUGACGCCGACAUCCCCUGCUUCACUCUCUUCUACCAGACGGCCACGUUUCUCGAAUCCCCCGUGAUGCCCGCUCCUGCUGACUCCUCCUCAGCCUCUUCCUCAGCAGCGUCUGACGGGGCAGCGGCAGGGACGGCUGGAGGGCAGGAUCAGGAGCAGCAGCAGGCACCACCAAGGGUGAUGUUGGAGGAGCGGAGUGGUGCCAUGCAGAGAGUGCAGGAUUCUGCUCCUGCUGCCGCUUUUGGUCACAGGAAGCUGGGCCGGAUCCUGGUUGCGGACAUUGCUUUCGCAGUUGCGGCUGAUCGAGCUUCUGCCACUGCUAGCGCUAUUAGCCGCUGCUAUUGGCUGGCCAACAAGCUCAUCUGCACUACUUCCUAGGGAAAGGGGCACUUCCAUAAAGCACUCUACCGUGC